GAAAAGCCUCCACAGAAAAAAGAAAAAUCUAAAAAAAGGAGAAGAGUCUCUGCAUAAAGAAGAAAAAGAGAAGGAGAGCUUUCACGAAAGGAGAAGUCUCCAAGAAAGAGCCUUCGCAGUGGUUUUUGCUUGGGUAGCCCGGAAUCUCGUCAUUCAUGUUUUGGUUGGUAAUUUAUGUGAUUUUCGUUUUUGGGCGAUGAGGAGAUCUUUGGUAGUUGUGGGCCUGGGGUGGAUACGUCAACCUGACCAGGCCCAAAUGGAACCCAAAUUCAAAGCCUGAACUGAGUGAGUACAGUACCAUUUCGAGAAAUUCACACCAGACAGAGAAUAGAGCGUGGAAUCGACAGAGAGAAGGAGAGGGAAUCAACGAUGACGGAAGCGACGAUAAGGAAGAAACCGGGAAUGGUGAGCGUGAAGGAUAUGCCGGUUCUCCAGGAUGGUCCACCACCGGGUGGGUUCGCUCCGGUUCGGUUCGCUCGUCGCAUCCCCAACAAGGGUCCCAGCGCCAUCGCCAUCUUCCUCACUGCCUUCGGUGCCUUCUCUUGGGGCAUGUACCAGGUUGGCCAGGGCAACAAAAUCCGCAGGGCGCUGAAGGAAGAAAAAUAUGCUGCUCGUCGAGCCAUACUGCCUGUGCUACAGGCUGAAGAAGACGAGAGAUUUGUUAAAGAGUGGCAUAAAUAUCUCGAGUAUGAGGCAGAAGUGAUGAAGGAUGUGCCUGGUUGGAAAGUUGGUGAAAGUGUAUAUCACUCUGGGAGAUGGAUGCCCCCAGCAAGCGGGGAGUUGCGUCCUGAUGUCUGGUGAUGUUAUUUCAGCCAUUACUAUCAGGAAUUGCCUGCUUCCUGCAUGUUUUUACAUUGUGGUACUUUUGUUCAGUCUCUAAAAUAAAGCUGUAUCUGGAAUAUUUGCAAUUGCUUUGUGAAAUUUUAAAACGAGUGUUUUUCGAAUUUGUUCUUCUUGCUGGGAAUCCCACCUCCUCCUAAUGUAUAAGGAUAAAUGUACAUUAUUGGCAAAGGGCACGGUGUGUACUUAAGUUGUAGGCUGAGGAAAGAACAAGUCUCGAAGUCAAAAGAGGGAAGAGGUCAAAUGUGUAACAGUUUGUAUGGAGUACUGAAUCUUAGCUCUGAUUUUGUCAUUGGGGAGUUUUGAAUCUGAAUUUCUACAGGAGUAAGGUGGAAACUUAAUUGGGGUAAAGGGUUAAGUCCAACAUUUCUCACACCCACUUGCAUUUGAACUAUCUUUCAUGUUCCUUGCUUAACAUUUCCGAGGUCACUAG